AUGGCGGCAAAACCGAUGUCGUUUCAACAUUUUAACGACAUAGGUGUGCCGCUGCCGACAACUAACCGCAGUUACCAGCAAUCGGCCGCCUAUUUACCGCUCAAUCAUGUUUGCUGGCCACAAGCAUAUAACUCACUAGUAGUAGUUCAGCUGGACAAUUAUGAAAAAAUCAUGCUGUCCCAGAGUGGCUGCCUGAUAGCGACAGCAGUAUACCUUCCUGUGGCAGGAAAUUCACUUUCAAGGUGCUGCUUCUAUUCGAAAAUGUUUAGGGGUAAUAUGAUUCCUUGUAAUGGUAGCAAGAGAUAUCUCAGCAAAAACUCUGAUAGCACAAUCUUCCUCAGUGAGGGAAUUGCUGAUGAACUGUCGCCAGCUCGAUCCAAACGCCAAGCCAUAGAAUACUCCACAGCCUUCGUUUGUCCCAACGAAGGCUUCCAACCGGACCCAGCGAGCUGCCGAGGCUUCUACCGAUGCAUACCAGAUGCUAACGGCAGGUUGACCGCCAUUAGAUUCGAGUGCGGCGAUGGUACCGUGUUCGACCCGGCCAUCAGCGGCUGCAACUUCGCUUACGCCAGUAGCCGAGAAGAAUGUGGUGGCAACAGCAUCGGUAACAAAGACACAGCUACAGCUAGAAACACCAUUGUUACAAGUAGUUCUAGUUCGAGCAAUAAUAGUAGCGGCAGCAGUAAUAGUAGUAGCAGUAGUUCGUCCAGUAGUAGUAGCAAUAGUUCUACCUCAUCAUCAUCCUCGUCCUCAUGGAAUAAUUCUUCUUCUUCUUCUUCAAACCAACAAAUGUCCGCAGGCUCUCAGGGAUCCCAGUCGUCCAAUCCUGAUGGAAGCCAGCAAGGCGGCUCGAACCAACAGAGUUCUUCUAGUCAACAAUCGAAUCAGAACCAGCAAGGGUCGUCCAAUCAACAAGGUUCCAGUUCAUCUUCUUCCAAUCAACAGAGCUCGAGCAACUCGAACCAGCAGAGUUCCAACAACCAAGGAUCUUCAGGUUCAAGCUCCAGUUCUUCCUCUAGUUCCAACCAGCAAAAUUCGAAUCAACAAAGCUCUUCGAAUACUUGCACGGUUGAAGGCUUCAUAGGCGAUGACAGAAACUGCAGUAGAUUUUAUCGAUGCGUGAACAACGGCCGUGGAAGUUACGAUAGAUAUGAAUUCACAUGUACCACUGGUACUGUCUGGGAUCAAAGUGGUUUGACUUGUAAUCAUCCUCACGCUGUUAGUGGAAGUUGUAGCGCAGCGCAGCCAAGUCAACAAACAUCUAACCAAGGUUCCAACCAACAGAGCUCAUCGGGUAGCUCAUCCAACUCCAAUCAGAAUCAGCAAAAUCAACAAAAUGGGAACAACAAUGGUUCGAAUAAUCAGUCAGGCAACAGCAACCAGUCAUCUAACAAUAAUCAGUCCAAUAAUAAUAGUCAGACGAACAACAAUAACCAAUCUACAGGAAAUAACCAAUCUGGAAACAGCAACCAAUCAAACAAUAGCAACCAAUCAAACAACAGCAACCAGUCAGGAAAUAACAAUCAGUCGUCUAAUAAUAAUCAAUCCAAUAACAGCAACCAAUCCAACAAUAGCAACCAAUCAAACAAUAGCAACCAAUCAAACAAUAGUAACCAAUCAAACAACAGCAACCAGUCAGGAAAUAACAAUCAGUCGUCUAAUAAUAACCAAUCCAAUAACAAUAACCAAUCCAACAAUAGCAACCAAUCAAACAAUAGCAACCAAUCAAACAAUAGUAAUCAAUCAAACAACAGCAACCAGUCAGGAAAUAACAAUCAGUCGUCUAAUAAUAACCAAUCCAAUAACAAUAACCAAUCCAACAAUAGCAACCAAUCAAACAACAGCAACCAGUCAGGAGAUAACAAUCAGUCGUCUAAUAAUAACCAAUCCAACAACAACAAUCAAUCAAACAAUAGCAACCAGUCAGGGAACAACAAUCAGUCGUCCAAUAAUAAUCAAUCCAAUAACAAUCAACAAAAUAGCAUCCAGAACAAUACGAGUCCAAGUCCAGGGAAAAUCGAAAAUAAUGAAUGUGUAUCUGCAGGAUUCGUUGGGGACAACAGAGUUUGUAGGAAAUUCUAUAGAUGCGUCGAAAAUGGAAAAGGUGGAUUCACGAAAUAUGAAUUCAGUUGCGCUGAUGGAACAGUAUGGGAUGAAUCAUCUUCGUCUUGUAAUUACCCAAGUGCUGUAAGUGGCAGAUGUGCUUCAAACGAAACUACGGCUCAAAAUAGCAAUCAAAAUAGUAACAAUCAACAAAACAACCAACAGAACAAUCAGCAAAACAGUAAUGAACAGAACAGCAACCAACAAAACAACAACCAACAAAAUAACCAGAAUAACAACCAACAAAAUAACAGUCAACAAGGAAGCAAUAACCAAGGCAAUAAUCAAGGUUCAAAUCAACAGAAUAACGGACAAUCUGGUAGCCAACAAACUUCCAAUCAACAAAAUCAGGGAAAUAAUCAGGGAUCCAAUGGUACACCAGAACAAAACCAAAAUGGUAACCAUGGGUCUUUGAGUGGUGGGAAAUGCAGAAAUGAGGGUUUCGUUGGUGAUGACCAGAACUGUACCAGAUUCUAUCGAUGUGUUCCUGAUGGUAGUGGAGGUUAUCAAAGAUACGAAUAUUCUUGCGGAAUAGGAACUGUAUGGGACCAAAAUAUUUUGUCUUGUAAUCACCCUUGGGCCGUUACUGGAAAAUGUUCCAAUCAGCUGGGAUCAGAAAAUAACCAGCAAGGAAAUAGUCAGAAUAAUAAUCAACAAGGCAACAAUAAUCAAAAUAAUAAUCAGCAAGGAAAUAAUGACAAUAAUAACCAACAAGGAAGCAAUAAUCAGAAUAAUAAUCAGCAGGGCAAUAAUGACAAUAACAACCAGCAAGGUAACAAUAAUCAGAAUAAUAAUCAGCAGGGCAAUAAUGACAAUAACAAUCAACAAGGCAACAAUAAUCAGAAUAAUAAUCAGCAAGGAAAUAAUGAUAACAAUAACCAACAAGGUAACAACAAUCAGAAUAAUAAUCAGCAAGGAAAUAAUGAUAACAAUAACCAACAAGGUAACAACAAUCAGAAUAAUAAUCAGCAAGGAAAUAAUGAUAAUAAUAACCAACAGGGCAGCAACAGCCAAAUCAAUAAUCAGCAGGGAAAUAAUAAUCAGAAUAACAAUCAACAAGGAAAUAAUGAUAAUAAUAACCAACAAGGCAACGGCAACCAGAAUAAUAAUCAACAAGGAAAUUAUGAUAAUAAUAAUCAACAAGGAAGCAAUAAUCAGAAUAAUAAUCAGCAAGGGAAUAAUGAUAAUAAUAACCAACAGGGCGGCAGUAAUCAAAAUAAUAAUCAACAGGGAAAUAAUGAUAAUAAUAACCAGCAGGGCAGCAACAGCCAAAUCAAUAAUCAGCAGGGAAAUAAUAAUCAGAAUAACAAUCAGCAAGGAAAUAAUGAUAAUAAUAACCAACAAGGAAGCAAUAAUCAGAAUAAUAAUCAGCAAGGGAAUAAUGAUAAUAAUAACCAACAGGGCAGCAAUAAUCAAAAUAAUAAUCAGCAGGGAAAUAAUGAUAAUAAUAACCAACAAGGCAACAAUAAUCAGGAUAAUAAUCAGCAAGGAAAUACCAACAAUAAUAACCAACAAGGUAAUGGAAAUCAGAAUAAUAAUCAGCAAGGAAAUUCAGAUAAUAAUAACCAACAAGGUAGCAACAAUUCGAAUAAUAAUCAGCAAGGAAAUAAUCAUGAUAAUAACCACCAAGGCAGCAAUAAUCAGAAUAAUAAUCAACAAGGAAACAAUGAUAAUAACAAUCAACAAGGUAGUAAUAAUCAAAUCAAUAAUCAGCAAGGAAAUAAUGAUAAUAAUAACCAACAAGGCAGCAAUAAUCAAAACAAUAAUCAGCAAGGAAAUAAUAAUAAUAAUAAUCAACAAGGCAGCAAUAAUCAAAAUAAUAAUCAACAAGGAAACACUGAUAAUAACAAUCAACAAGGUACCAACAAUCAAAGCAAUAAUCAGCAAGGAAAUAAUAAUCAGAAUAAUAAUCAGCAAGGAAAUAAUGAUAACAACAACCAGCAAGGCAACAAUAAUCAGAACAACAAUCAACAAGGAAACAAUCAGAAUAAUAAUCAACAAAACAACGGACAGAAUAAUAAUCAACAAGGAAGCAACAACCAACACAAUACCAAUGGUCAAGGCUCAUCAAUUGGAGCCAGUUGCUCUAGAGAUGGUUUCAUGGGAGAUGAAAAUAACUGUUCGAAGUUCUACAGAUGCGUUGCUGAUGGUAGAGGUGGAUUCCAACGAUACGAAUAUUCCUGCGGACCUGGUACUGUGUGGGAUCAAGACAACUUAUCUUGUAAUCAUGCGUGGGCUGUAUCAGGAAAAUGUUCUUCCCAACAGCAGAAUAAUAACAACCAGUCGGGUGACAAUAAUCAAUCUUCGAACAAUAAUCAGUCAGGAAACAACAAUGAAUCCAGUAAUAACAAUCAGUCGAGUAAUAAUAACCAGUCCGGUAACAACAAUCAGUCCGGCAACAGUAAUCAGUCUACCAACAAUAAUCAGUCUGGCAACAACAAUCAGUCUGGCAACAACAAUCAGUCCGGCAACAAUAAUCAGUCCGGUAACAAUAAUCAGUCAGGCAACAACAAUCAGUCUGGCAACAACAAUAAUCAGUCAGGCAACAACAAUCAGUCUGGCAACAAUAACCAGUCUGGUAACAAUAAUCAAUCUGGCAACAACAAUCAGCCUGAUAACAAUCAGACCGGCAACAAUAAUCAGUCUGGUAACAACAAUCAGUCUGGAAACAAUAAUCAGUCAGGCAACAACAAUCAAUCUGGCAACAAUAAUAAUCAGUCAGGCAACAACAAUCAAUCUGGCAACAAUAAUAAUCAGUCAGGCAACAACAAUCAGUCUGGUAACAAUAAUCAGUCUGGUAACAAUCAGUCUGGUAACAAUAAUCAGUCUGGUAACAAUAAUCAGUCAGGCAACAAUAAUCAAUCUGGCAACAAUAAUCAGUCUGGCAACAACAAUAAUCAGUCUGGCAACAACAAUCAGUCUGGCAACAAUAAUCAGUCCAGCAACAAUAAUCAGUCUGGUAACAAUAAUCAAUCUGGCAGCACCAAUCAGUCUGGCAACAACAAUAAUCAGUCUGGCAAUAACAAUCAGUCUGGCAACAAUAAUCAGUCAGGCAACAACAAUCAAUCUGGCAACAACAAUAAUCAGUCAGGCAACAACAAUCAAUCUGGUAACAACAAUAAUCAGUCAGGCAACACCAAUCAGUCUGGCAACAACAAUCAGUCUGGUAACAAUAAUCAGUCAGGCAACAAUAAUCAAGGAAAUAGCAAUAACCAAUCGAGCAACAGUGGACAGAACAACACAGGAUCUUUGGAUGGAGGAAAAUGUUCCAAAGAAGGCUUCGUCGCUGAUGAAAACGACUGUUCUAAGUUUUACAGGUGUGUCAAUGAUGGCAAAGGGUUCCAGAAGUAUCAGUACACUUGCGGUCCUGGAACAGUUUGGGAUGAAAGUAAUCUCUCUUGCAAUCACGCAUGGGCGGUUGGAGGAAAAUGUUCCUCGAACCAAGGAGGAUCUAAUCAACAGAAUAGUGGAUCUUCUGGUAAUAACAAUCAAGGUGCUGGUGGUCAGCAGAAUGGCAAUCAGCAAAAUAAUAACCAAGGAAAUCAGCAAAGCAAUCAGGGGAAUCAACAGAACAAUAACCAAGGAAAUCAAGGGAACAAUCAGGGGAAUCAACAAAACAAUAACCAAGGAAAUCAGCAGAACAGUAAUCAAGGAAACCAGCAAAACAACAAUCAAGGCAAUAACCAACAGGGAAAUAAUCAAGGUUCACCCAAUAACCAGGGCAAUGAUAAGCCUUGCAGUGGACAGAGCAAUCAGAGCUCUUCAUGGAACUCCACUUCUGUAUCGAGCGAAAUCGGAUCCAACUGUAAUAAAGAAGGAUAUUUAGGAGAUCCAGAGGAUUGCAGUAAAUUUUACAGAUGUGUUAGUUCUGGUGGCAACGGCUUGAUAAAAUACGUGUUCAGUUGUGGAAAAGGCACCGUAUGGGACUCUCAAGCAGUAACGUGCAACUACCCUUGGGCCGUCUCUGGAAAAUGUUCCAAUGUCACCAUUGAUAUUGAAUCUUCAACAGGGAGUACCACCGAGUGGACAGACAACAGCAGCGCUUCAACAGAAAGUUCAACCAUCCCACCAUCAACGGAAUCCAUUUCGUCAACAGAAAGUACCACCUGGUCAACCGAGAGUACCACGAGCACCUGGUCCACCGAAAGUACCACCGGUACUACUCCACCCAGCUGGUCUACCGAUAAAACCACAAACACCUGGUCCACCGAGAGUACCACCGGUACUACUCCACCAGGCUGGUCCACUGAGAAAACCACUAACAUCUGGUCCACCGAGAGUACUACCCCACCUGCCUGGUCCACCGAGAGUACCACUGGUACUACUCCACCUACGUGGUCCACCGACAAAACCACAAACAUCUGGCCCACCGAGAGUACCACUGGUACUACUCCGCCCGCCUGGUCCACCGACAGUACCACAAUCACUUGGUCCACUGAGAGUACCACUGGUACUACUCCACCUGGCUGGUCCACCGAGAGUACCGUCAACACGGGAAGUACGACAUCCGGUACAGAGGGUACUACUGAGAGUACGACCACGCUAGCACCUAACGGUACUACCACUGAGCCGUGCCCUAUUAGUCAGUUGGAAGGACACCAGGUGGCUUUGUGCACCACGAGAGAUAGUACGCACGACUAUAAUAUUCUGGUACUGAGUUGCCCCGAUGGGCUGGUAUACGACGAAGAGAGGAUCCAGUGUCUUCCGAGGGAAGAGGCGGAGGUUUGUAAUGGACAAAUAGCGACCAGGAGUCUGUAUAGGAAGCUGGAUGAUAACGCGAUGGUACCGGUGAGUACUACUCAAUGA